AUGAAGAAAUGUGGUGAUUGGCUGAUAGCCUCUGUCUUCAGAUGCUCACUCAGCAGGGACACUGAAUGUUGCUAUGUGGGGAAGGAGUCCAUCUUGAUUACUCUGGGCUACCACAGUGGUUUGCUGAAGUUUGCGUCUCAUGCUGAGUUCAGUGCAUUUUCAAAUACCUUGCGAAGAUACCAGUGUGAGAAAAAGGAACACUUGGUGUUCAGCUUCAGCCAGCGGACAGAAGAGGUGUCUGCUGCACAGUACUUCAAGUUUUAUGACUGCCUUUCCCAGCAGCAGAAUGUGGUGCGAGAUUUUGUGAUGACAGCCACUUACCUCAGAGCCAUCCUCCAGAACCACACAGACUUUAGAAAUAAGGUUGUUUUGAAUGUUGGUUGUGGAUCAGGAAUACUGUCAUUUUUUGCUGUACAAGCUGGAGCUCGUAGAGUCUAUGCAAUUGAGGCCGGUUCAGUAGCACAAUAUGCUUUGAUGCUAGUGGAAAGUAACAACCUUUCAGACAAGAUCACUGUUUUGCCAGGGAAAAUUGAAGAAAUCUCACUUCCUGAGGCUGUAGAUGUAAUCAUUUCAGAACCAAUGGGAUACAUGCUGUUCAAUGAAAGGAUGCUGGAAAGUUACCUUCAUUCCAAAAAGUGGCUGAAAACAAAUGGAAUGACGUUCCCAACAUUCAGUGACAUCCACUUGGCCCCCUUUUCUGAUGAGCAGCUAUACAUGGAACACCGCUCCAGAGUCAACUUUUGGUUAGGAACAUUCUUCAGGGUCAGCCUGUCCAGUCUCCAGGGUGCCGCGGUGGAGGAGCACUUCAGACAGCCAGUAGUGGACACAUUUGACAUUAGGAUUUUGGCUCAGACAGUCAAGCACACAGUAAACUUUAUGGACGCGCAAGAGGCAGAUCUCCACGGAGUAGAAAUUCCCUUUGUGUUUCAGAUGGCGCACCUGGCCUUCUGGUGUGACAUGGCCUUUGUUGGCUCUCAGGUAACGGUUUGGUUGUCAACAGCUCCCACUGAGCCUCUGACUCACUGGCAUCAGGUGCGGUGUCUUCUUCAGACUCCUCUCUUGGCCACGGAAGGAGAGACCCUCUCGGGGAGAGUGCUGUUUGUCGCCAAUGAGCAACAGAGCUAUGACAUUCAGAUCAUGGUGCUGGUAAACCAGACGGGCUUCAGGUCUGGGAACACCCUCAAUUUAAAGAAUCCUUUCUUUAGGUAA